GCUGUAGCCAGCAUAGCUUUGUGGUUGGGCGCAUCAAACAAUGCUCGGCAAGUAAAACGUAUUUUUUAUUAUUCUCUUUAUUUUUUAUUUUUCAUAAUGGACCAACAAAACAGCAACCCACUUGAUACCAAUGACCCACUUUAUCUAGGCCUGGACCUCAGCACACAGCAACUCAAAGGCAUAUUAAUUAACUCUAGCGGAAACAUUGUCAAAGAAAGCAACAUAGGAUUUGACGCCAGCUUCCCGCACUAUCACACAACGAAUGGGCGGCAUGUGCACGGCGACCGCGUCACAGCACCCGUGCACAUGUGGCUAGAGGCCUUGGAUCACCUAAUGCACGAGAUACUACUGUCCGGCCUAGGCCCUCGAAUCCACGGUAUCAGCGGCGCCGCACAGCAGCACGGAAGCGUGUACUGGAACCACCGGGGCAUCGAGCAGCUUGCAAACUUGGACACAAAUAAAUCUCUGAAGGACCAAUUAGUGUUUGCAGUGGCCGAUUCACCAAUCUGGGAAGACGCGAGUACGAAAGAGGAGUGUCGUGAGCUGGAGCAUGCGGCCGGCAGUGCUGCCAGGCUGGCAGAAAUUACGGGGUCGGUGGGAUUCGAGCGUUUCACAGGCGCGCAGAUCGCCAAGAUCAAAAAGACGCCAGCGUGGACAAACGUUAGCAGAGUAUCAUUGGUGUCGUCGUUUCUCGCGUCCCUGCUUAUCGGAAAAAUAGCCCCUGUAGACGUCAGCGACGCAUCAGGUACCAACCUGUUCGACGCGCAGCAAGGAACCUGGUCGCAAGGACUCUGCGACUCUAUCAGCUCCGAGUUAAUAAACAUGCUGGGACCUCGCGUGUGCAUGGCUGACGAGCGAGUAGGCACUCUUUCUACGUAUUUUGUCGAAAAAUACGGGCUGCGCGGCUGUCCUAUUUGGGCGUUCUCAGGAGACAACCCGUCGGCAUUUGCUGGGUUCGAGAGCAUCCACCGGCCAGGGCCCUCUCUGGCCGUACUGAGCCUGGGCACCAGCGACACUGUCUUAUUUCCGCUCUCCGCAUACCCCUAUGUGAGCAAGAGCGCCCUGGAGCAUCCCGACGGACACGUCAUGCGACACCCCACUGACCGCUCCCGGUUCAUUGCCAUGCUCUGCUACAAGAACGGGUCUUUAGUGCGCGAGUGGGUGCGCGAUACGUACGCACAUGAUAACGGUUCAUGGGCAGAAUUCAACCGGAUGGCCAUGGAGCCGCUGGCGCCCAAAGCGUUUGGCUUCUACUACCCGUCUAUGGAAAUCCAGCCCAAGGCCAAGGGCAUCCACCGGUUUGUCCAAGCCGCCGAUGGCAAACUCAUCAGCCCCACUAGCGGAACGAGAUACACAGCAGUGCAAGAAUUUAACCAAACUAGUGAUCCACGGGCCAUCCUCGAGAGCCAACUGAUGAGCAUGUGCGUGGAUUAUAGGCACAAGAGCGCGGAUCCCUUGCCCAUAGUCGCAGUGACCGGAGGUGCUUCGGAUAAUUCCGUCGUAAGACAGGCCAUAGCGGAUAUCCUGGGUGUCCGUGUAUGCGCUGUGCAUAUGCCGUCAGCAGAGUGUGGCGUGGCGCCGGCGAUGCCGGCUUAUGGCGCCGCGGUCAGGGCGCUUUCUGCUGCUGAGGGCCGAAGCAUCGAUGCUUGUGUGCUGAGAGAUGUUGCUGUGCCCAGAGAGCUUGUGCACAGGAGGUAUGCGGACGCGCUGGCCGACUUUGAGUUCCUGCGCCGCCAUGUAUCCCUCCAACACGUGUAACUUUGGCAUUGCUUGGAAACAGCACUUUGGGUUGAUUGGCCCGGAUUGCUCCGGCCUUCGAAUUCGUCCUAUUGGGUUUAUUUAUUUCUUCUGGAUGCAUGCACUGUACAGGUUGAUGCAAAUAUAAAAAUAUUGAGUGGGAAGGGCUUAG